AUGUUCAGAGGAGGCCAAGACAAUUUCGACGUCUUGGCCGGCCCUGUCCCCAAUGAGGGGACAAAGCCAGAGGAUGUUGAAACUCAGAUCGCCAGUGAUUUGGCACAAGCUUCUCCUGGGGACAGGGAGCGAGCAUAUUUUGACCUUCAUGGCAUUCCCAAUGUCUGGAGUGAAACACCUCAACUGAUACAGCAAAAUUUGGAACGUAUGGAUCAGAAAGUGCAGGGAAUUAGAUACAAGGUUGCAUUCGAAAUGGCGGAAGCACAAUCUUCCCGCUAUGUUCGAGAUCGAGAGCUGCGGUUGACAUUCCUUAGAGCGGAUAUGUUUGAUGCAAACAAGGCAGCUCUCCGGUUUGCUCGUUUCUUCCAGGCAAAACUGGAUCUCUUUGGCCAAGAGAAGCUAGCAUUGAAUAUCACACAGGACGAUCUGGACCAUGAUGAUAUGAUGUUGCUAAAUUCCGGAUACGGGCGGUUCUUGGAGCAACCUGACCAGACCGGGAGACCAGUGGCCGUCCUCUUUUUCAAUGAAGAGCAGCUCAACUUCAAUAUAAUUUCUUUGCUACGACAAGUCUACUAUAGCAUUAUGAUCGCCAGCAAGAAUGUUGAAUUUCAACGCGGGGGAGUUGUUGCAAUAGUCUAUGGGCUAGGAGACAGUGCAAACUGCGACAAAGGAUCUGAAAUAGCCUGGAAGAUGGCCAAGCUAGCACAGGUUUUGCCAAUGCGAUUGGCAGCAAUUCAUGUCUGUUACGAGAGCCUCGUUUGGAAGCCAAUCUUGUCGACCGGGAUCGCAUCCUUUGAUACAUUUUGUCGCUUACGGGUCCGAACACAUCAUGGUCCCCAGCAUGAAGUUGCCACAAAGUUGCGAGGCUUUGGGAUUGCUCCUUCAACGUUUCCAGCGGCUCAUGGAGAACGUCUCUUGGAAGACCCGAAUUACAGAGUUCGAUUGAGGAACCAGCGAAAGGUUGAACGGUUGAGUCAAUCAGCACGGCGAAAUGCUAUCCAUAUCCCAAGUGAUUAUGAUGUGCUUUUAGGAAAGGGAUUCUCGGCGCAGAACCACUUUGGCAAUAAAGAGUUUCGUCAGUUGGUGGUUUCAAGACAAUCGGUGUACGACAGUGCAGAAAAAGGGUCGAAGCUCCAGAUAGCACAGGGCAUUGUGGAUAUUGUACACCAAUCCUCGGGUAUGUUCUUGAAGCAGGAAGAUAAGCUGUGGAUCCCAGUUGAUAAUUCCGUAGCGAGAACAAAGGUUAGCGCUGCCUUUCGGACUUUGAGGCUAGACAAAAAAGCAAAGGACAAAUAA